GCAUAAAGUGAGAGUUGGACAUGUAUUAGCCAUUGUUAUUAACCACCUGGGGGAACUUCAACUGGAUUUGGAGUCUGAGCAACCAACUGGAAAGGCCUGCCUAGGAGUGUCUUGUGAAUGUGAUUUGCAUAACGGUUGAAGCUCAGUUGACGUCAAGGGCUUCUUGAGGCUCCAGGUCAUAUGUGGCCCUGGAAGUAGUUCCUGCCACACGAUUGUCCCACAAUCGCCCCACCAACCCUACUUCCUACCCAACUCCUGCAGCACCAGGAAGUGAAACAAAGAGGCAGAGCCCCAUGCCUCCAACUCACCCUUGUCCUCUUAUCCCACUACCUCCCCAGGGUUGUACUUCCUCCUCCUUUCACCUUUCAUCCCCUAACUUUUAGGACUCCCAGAAUGGGGGAGGGAGAAGAGAUCAGAGAUGGGGAGAACAUGAAGACAUUAUGUUCAAGUGAGGCAAACACCCCAUCCCCCUUCCCUCCAAUUUCCUUUUCUACUUGUGUCCACCCUACAUAGGAAAAAGUAACCUAUUUCUCACCCAAACUGACAUACUUCUCUAAUGCUAGAAAUGUUUCAUCCCAAGGGUAAGUUUACCACAGAAUAAUAAUAUUUGAUCGAGAAGUUUCAUUGGGCAGUUUUGAAUAGUUCUAAUGAAGAGACCUCCUUUGAGGUCAAGUUUCUCAGAGGAAAAGGGUCAGCAUCUUAGGGAGGCCUUGGGAGCCAACUGCGUGGUCAUCCAUGGCCUCAUCCUGACGUCCAAAUUGUUCUGGGACCCUCCGCUGGGGUCGGGGCAGUCCCAGCUUUGGACCACCCUACGCUCCCACGCCCAACCUCACACUCUCAGCUGUUUCACUGGAUGUUGCAUCAGGGAGAGUGAUGAAAUCAGCGUCAGUGGAUUUUACCCAUGGAUGCAACAGGCUGAAUGACUGGCCAGGGUCAUUGACACUGUGCACCUUCAUCUACCUAGAACUCCUAGCUAAGGGUAAGGGCUGGGUGCUGGAAUGUCUAAGUUGUACUUUCAGCCCUUACUUACAUUGGUAUUCUGAAAAAAGGUCACCUGAAUCUCACAGAACUACUGAAACCAUGGGCCACUAUGCUUGAGGAAUAAUCGGGUGAUUUUUAGUCAAUAACUCUCUCCCUGCAAGAAACAUCCUUCCCCCCAAGCCUCCACAGUUAGGCCUGAAGUGGGGGAUCAACAACAUCUUAGUAGCUUCAUAGUUCAUGAAGUGCCUUUAUGUCCAUUCUUUCCCAUGAAACCUGGAUCACCUAGUGAAAAUAACACUUCCUAACACAGAAAAGGGGUCUCCUUAUUCUUAGAAAGGGGGCAUCAAGUAAGAGUGACAUUUCAUUCCAAACUGAGCUCACCAUUCUGUUGGGAGAUGAAUGAAUGCUUCUCAGUUUUGGUGUUUCCUCAGGCAGAAGAAGGAUAGGAAAUUAGGUUUGGGGUUGGGUAGAGGUAUAGCUUUGAGAGUCUGAAAGAUCAGGGAAAGAUUAAAGAGGAAGGAACUUGAGGCCAGAUUAAUUUAAAUAUUCGUUACCCCCAACCCCUGGGCCAUUUUCAUUCUUGGAGAGCAUUACACAUGUGUCCCAUCCCAGACCUCUAGCCACAGCAACCACAAGACUCAUUUCCCUUGGAAAUGAGGCUGCAUACCUGGGCUCCCCAUGGAGGGUGAUGAUGCAGGGAUGAUGCAGGGAGGGAAAUCCCACCUGCUGUGAGUCACCUGCUAGUAUAAAGGGCGGGCCUUACAAUGCAGGGAUCUUAAAAAGAGACUGGAAGGCAACAACGGGAGCAAAAUAGCAGGAAGCAGCUCAGAAACUUGGUGAACAGCAGAGGGAACCAAGCCAGACAUACAGAACAGAGAGAAUCAAGCUUGGAACACAGAAGAAUUAGGCACAGAUUCCACAAGAACUUGUGCAAGGCAUAGAGUCUGCCAGAUCUGAGACGCAGGCAACGAGAUGCUGGGGAGCAGAGCUGUGCUGCUGCUGCUGCUGCUGCUGCUGCUGCCGCCCAGGACUGCUCAUGGCCGGGCUGUGCCUGGGGGCAGUAGCCCUUCCUGGGCUCAGUGCCAGCAGCUCUCACAGAAGCUCUGCACGCUGGCCUGGAGUGCACACCCACUAGUGGGACACACGGAUUUAAGGGAAGAGGAAGAUGAAGAGACUACAAAUGAUGUCCCCUAUAUCCAGUGUGGGGAUGGUUGUGAUCCCCAAGGACUCAGGGACAACAGUCAGUUCUGCUUGCAAAGGAUCCACCAGGGUCUGAUAUUUUAUGAGAAGUUGCUGGGCUCAGAUAUUUUUACAGGAGAGCCUUCUCUACUUCCUGAUGGUCCUGUGGGCCAGCUUCAUGCCUCCCUCCUGGGCCUUAGCCAACUUCUACAGCCUGUGGGUUACCACCGGGAGACUCGGCAAAUUCCAAGCCCCAGUCCUAGCCAGCCAUGGCAGCGUCUCCUCCUCCGCUUCAAGAUUCUUCGUAACCUCCAGGCCUUUGUAGCUGUAGCUGCCCGGGUUUUUGCACAUGGAGCAGCAACCUUGAGCCCCUAACGCCAGCAGAGUAAGGAUGAUACCCAAACCUCCAUGGCUCAGCAGUGCUGAGACAAAUCUAUUACCCAGGCCAACUGUGAGCCAAGUUAAUGAGUCCAUUAAUGCCAAUGGGACUUGCAUAUUUGAAAAAUUGUCGAUGCUGACUGAUGGUGCUGACCUGUGACAAAGCUGAGUAUUUAUUAGAUGGGAUAGGAAAUUUACAGAUUAUUUAUUUUUGU